AUGGAUAAUCACUGCAUUACAUCUAAUGUUGCUAAAAGUGUUACAUGUGUUGCUGCCAAUGGAACAAUUGCUGCAGUUAGAGAUGGAACAAUUCAAGGUGCAAAUAUAGCUGUUGGAAAUCAAGAUCAAUAUGACAUUAAACGUACAUCUACAAGUGCUACAACAAAUGCAAUAAUGACAGCAGCACGAGAAGGAACGAAGAAUACAAUUUAUCAUGUCAAUGAUGGAAAAAAACAAUCUAUUAAAUGA